UAAAAGAAUAAAAAAAACAAAUUCGUCGUAUCCAAAGUCAGAAAGGCGAUAGCACCUGGCUGUUAUAUCCUCUGCAACCACACCAACCACCACCUCCAUACCCACGCACGAGGCUAUCAAACCCUAAAUCUCUCACGAUAACACACCAGGGAGCGGUGAUCAGGUAUGUCGCACAGCAGUGUCGAGCCGGAUUUCAACAUAGGGGACGACAUCCUGGCCGUGAUACCGACGGAUCCGUACGACCAGCUGGAUCUCGCGCGGAAGAUCACCUCCAUGGCCAUAGCCUCGCGCGUCUCGAAGCUGGAGUCGGAGGUCACCCACAUGCGCCACAAGCUCUAUGAGAAGGACCUCCUCGUCGUUGAGCUCGAGGAGAGGGUCUCCAGCCUCGACCACGCUUACCAGGAGGCCCAUUCCAGACUGAAAAACGCAGUAGAUGAGAAUAUGAAACUUUCGAGGGAACGGGAUUCUUUGGCAAUGACUGCAAAGAAACUUGGCCGUGAUUUGGCAAAGUUGGAACAAUUUAAGAGACAACUGAUGCUAUCCCUGAAUGAUGAUAAUUCAUCACUAGCUGAAGCUGUUGAUAUUGGAACCUGUGACCAAUCAGUUCCCAAGGCAUAUCCUGAUAAGGAUGAGGGUGCAAACGGCUACAUGGCACAUCAAUCUUUCAGUGGCUCAACAAAUAUUGUAAAUGUAACUGAUGAAGUAUCAAGGCAUGCUGUGCAAAGAUUUUCUAUGACUCCAUAUAUCACACCACGGCUUACACCAACUGGAACUCCAAAAAUUAUUUCCACAAGUGGGUCCCCUCGAGGUUAUUCUGCUGUUGGAUCUCCCCAGAAAACUUCUGGUACAACAUCUCCUGCAAAACCGCCAUAUGACGGACGGACUAUGUUGUCUUCAUGGUACCCAUCAAGCCAGCAGUCAUCAGCAGCAAACUCACCUCCUCGUGGACGUCCACAGCCAGGGCGCACUCCUCGAAUCGACGGAAAGGAGUUCUUUCGUCAAGCCAGAAGUCGGCUAUCAUACGAACAGUUCAGUGCAUUUCUGGCUAAUAUUAAGGAAUUAAAUGCUCAAAAGCAAAAUCGAGAGGAAACUCUAAGGAAAGCAGAACAGAUAUUUGGGACAGAUAACAAAGACCUUUACCUGUCAUUUCAAGGAUUGCUAAACCGUAACAUACAGUAGAAUUCAAAAGUACAUUGCUUGUGAUGGUUUUGAAUAAGUGCUAUUUUUAGAUUAAAUAUGAAGACGCGCAAGGGUAAGGGGAUUUGAUUCGAGCUGAAGGAGUUAAAGGAGUAGAGGGAUGCUUAAAAUAGCAUGGGGAGAAGUAGAGAAGAAGGGUGUGAUAAACAGGGAAAUGAGGAGAGCUUGGAUUUGUUAGAAUGGUGGAAAAAGUUCAAUGUGGCUGACCUCAAUUAGCUGAGAAAGGAUCCAUGGAGCUAAUUUCACUAUAGUUAGCUGAGUUAAUUUUAUGUCUUGAUGAGAUGUUUGUAUGAUAAAUAAAUAGCAACAAUAUGUAUCAGCAAUAUCUUGCAAAGUGACAAUAAAAUGGCUGCCAUGAUAUGUUUACCAGCAAUCUCAACAAGACCCAUUUUGAAAUUAUGUCUUGUGUUAUUCUCAUCUGAUACUGAGAUGUAUCAUUCAGUACAUUUUGGUAUGGCCUGAGAGUUGGUGCCAUGGUGAACAGACAGCCUCAAGUUACUGCAACUUAAAGCAUUUCAGACCUAGAUAUUCCAUUAUCUUGGACAAUAACAAAGACUUGUUUAUUGAUACUUUGAGUGAAUCCACAUGCUGGACCCGUUUCCCCACUCUUAUGUAAUUUGUAUUUGUCUUUUUAUUUUUUAUUUUUUAUAACUAAUUCAAUUUCAUUAAUAGCGCAAAGGGUGGUUUAUAUGGGCAGUG